AUGAUUGGGAACAUUCGGCAUGAUGACGUCUUCUUAGAUGUUGGAGCUGGGUUGGGGAAUGUGGCGGCUCAGUUCGCGGUACAGACGAAGGCACGUCAGUGUUUGGGCAUAAAAAAACGACCGGAGUUGGUCAGCAGAGGUGUAUCCUGCUUGCGAGCAUAUGCAUUCCGAAUUCUACUACUGCAUAAAGUUUUCUUGCUACAGGGGAAUGUCCUCGAUACGCCUUUAUCGACUACACCACCUUUCCUGGACGCGUCAGUGAUUUUUCUGAAUGAUUUUUUGUUUGAUGAAUCAGCUAGGCUCGUUGUCGAAGAGGAGCUGAGCUUGAUGCAAAGAGCGCGUUUGAUUAUAUCUACCGCUCGCUAUUGCCCGCGUCAUCGCGAAUCCUGCCGAAGAAGGUUUUGCGCCAAGUGGGUGCCAACGCAUACUACGUACGGUCACGCAAGCUGGAAGUCCGAGUGUAUCCCUAUCUACAUGUACCAAGUGCGGCAGCAGAAUUGUGAGCCAUCGCCCGUCUAG